AGGUGGCGCGGCGGGCUCGGUCUCUGCCCCGCAGGUAUGAAGCGGCCCCUGAGCCCAUCUCCCCCGGGUGAGAAGGAGCCCCCCAUACCUGGAGCUGCUGAGUGUCCCCCUCGGCCGCCAGAACCGCCUAAGCCCAAACGGGAAAGAAAACGGCCAUCGUACACGCUCUGCGACGUCUGCAACAUCCAGCUGAACUCGGCCGCCCAGGCCCAGGUGCACUGUGGUGGGCGGGCCCACCAGAGGCGGCUCCGGCAGCUCAGCCUGGGAAAGACCCCCACAGGGCCAGCUGGCCCGGCCUCCAGUGCCCCCAGCCCCCUGCUGGCCUCCCUGCCCCUGCCUGCCAGGCCUCUGCAGCCCCCGCUGGACUUCAAGCACUUGCUCGCCUUCCACUUCAAUGGCGCCACCCCGCUCAGUCUCUUCCCCAACUUCAGCACGAUGGACCCGGUCCAGAAAGCUGUCAUCAGCCACACGUUUGGGGUCCCCUCCCCUCUGAAGAAGAAGCUCUUCAUUUCCUGUAACAUCUGUCACCUGAGGUUCAACUCAGCGAACCAGGCCGAAGCACAUUAUAAAGGCCACAAGCACGCCAGAAAACUCAAGGCUGUCGAAGCUGCCAAGAGCAAGCAGAGGCCACAAACCCUGGCCCAGGACAGGACGCUGGUGUCCCCAACCCCAACUCCAGCCAGCGAAGCCCCCGGAGAGCUGCAGAGCAAAGCAGUUCCUGGAGCCCCUUCUCCUGGGCCCCCACUCCAGCCACCACUGACUCCAGACCCUGCGCCCAGGGAGCCAGCACACUCGGACCUCUUGGAUGCUGCCUCCUCUUCCUCUUCUUCCUCCUGCUCACCCUGCUCCCCAGAGCCUGGGAGAGAGGCGCCAGGGCCUGAGCCGCCUGCGGCUGCUGCGGAAAGUAACGCGAGUGGGGAAGACAGGAGUGAGAGGGGGCGCCUCUACUGCCCCACGUGUAAGGUGACAGUGAACUCUGCCUCCCAGCUGCAGGCUCACAACACAGGAGCCAAGCACCGGUGGAUGGUGGAAGGUCAACAAGGGGCUCCCCGAAGGGGCCGGGGCCGCCCAGUGCCCCGGGGAGGAACCGGACACAAGGCCAAGAGAGUAACCGGGGGCCGGGGAGGCCGGCAGGGGCCCAGCCCCCCUUUUCACUGUGCGCUCUGUCAGCUCCAGGUCAAUUCAGAGACCCAACUCAAGCAGCACCUGAGCAGCAGGAGGCACAAAGACCGCCUGGCCGGGAAGCCCCCCAAGCCCUCCAGCCAGCACAGCAAGCUGCAGAAGCACGCAGCGCUGGCUGUGAGUAUCCUCAAGUCUAAACUGGCCUUGCAGAAGCAACUCACCAAGACACUGGCAGCCCGCUUCCUGCCUAGCCCGAUCCCCACCGCGGCCACAGCCAUCUGUGCCCUGCCAGGGCCCCUGGCCCUCCGGCCUGCCCCCACGGCAGCCACCACCCUCUUCCCGGCUCCGAUCCUGGGCCCAGCUCUGUUUCGCACCCCAACGGGAGCCGUCCGCCCUGCCACGGGACCCAUCGUCUUUGCCCCCUAUUAGCCCUACUAGGGGAGGCCAGGGCUGACAUCCCAGCAAUCGCUCUCCCCCUCCUCCUCUCCGAAAGGCCUCGGCUUCCUACAUCCCACAGGGCACCGCCUUUUACAGCCUCGGGGGUCCUGCCCAAACCAGGAAGAGCCGGCUAGUUUUAAGGGCAGUUGUCCUUCACUCAGUCUGGACUGGAGACUCACUCAACUAAUACCCCCUGGCCCAAGGACCAUCCAGCCCCACCCUCCUUUCCCUGGAUUUCUAGGGCUAGUCCUGGGCUCACUUGCAUUUCCCAGCCUGAUUUAGGGGGAGCAAACUGAGACAUCCCAAAGAUCUAUGCAAAAUCCUAUUCCAAGCCCCGUGGUGCUCUGGUUUCCCCCAUCCAAGACCUAUACUCGCAAGGCAGAGGCCCUAGGACUCUCAACUCCUUCUAGCCUGGGGACAAGUCUGUGACCUCUACUCCCAUGCCCUGGGGAGGAGGCCCUCCCCAUUCACUGGAUUCUCUGGAGAAUCACUGGAGAUGAGAGAUGGGGUCUCCAGCUGGAGUGGGUUCAAGGCUAUCUGGACAAGGUGACCGUGGGAGUGUGACGGAAGUCUGUGGAGGAGAAAGGGAGCAGUGCUAAGGGGGGCAAAGCCAAGGCGGGGUGGGGCAGAAAGCCCUUGGAGGCUUCAUCUGCUCUGACGGGAUGGGGCUAGGAUGGGGUAGGUGAGGGGGAUGUUCUGGCUGGGCCCAGUUUUAAUAGAGAAAGUGAUCAAUCCCACAAAAGCUCUCCCCUCUGAGCCUUUCAUUGAUUCUUCCUGAACCCCAGCUCCUGAGGUGGGUGCGCACUGGGUCUCCCUCAGACUAUGGACCCAGCUAACACUGGACCCCACCCCCCCGACCUGGCUCCCAAGCGAAGAGCGGUCCCCUCCAGCUCUUCACCCCACAUUGGUCCCCAGCACUAAAGGGGUUUCCCUCCUCCCAACCAGCACCCCAGGCCCCCUCACUGUGAAGCUGAGUGUUGGGACACAGUCUGAUAUACUCUCAAGACCCAUUUUCAUGCUGUCAGUUAAUGCCACAGCCCCAACGUUGCCGAGCACUGCCCCCC